AUGACAAAAACGCCACCGGACUCGCCCGCCGUCUCGUCCCGAGAGGAGAACGCGGCUCGGACCCUUGCCGAGCACCUGCCACAGGGCUACACAGCUGACUUCGUCCCGGAGGACCAGCAGCAGACGGCAACGGGGAGCUCUGCGCCAUAUGCAGACAAGGACCGGCCCGCCGCUGGCGGACGCAACCCCAGCGGCGACAGCGGCGCCAGUGGUGGUGCAUCGGAACCGCAUCUCAACACACCGUCCCUAGCUCCAGCCGCAUCCACAUUGGCGUCCAUACGGUCCGGCAGAGACGAGGCUGAAGGCGAAGCGGGAGCGGAGCAGCGCGAGGAGAUCUCCUCGUUGCAUCUGCAAGGCGGCGAUGUUCACCGGUCCCUGUUCCGCAUGGCCGAGGCACCGGCGCGGAUGCAGGUGCUGCAGAGUCAGCCGCUCCUGACACCCUCUCCGCUGUCUCUCUCCACGACAGCCUCGCCCGCACAAGACCAUGCCUCGGCUUCGCAGCCAUCACAGAGGCCACCGCAGCAGCAGCAGCAACCACAAGCGCAGCAACAAUCGCAACAACAAUCGCAACAACCAUCCGCAGGGCCCGCACAGCUCCCCAACAGACCACUCCACCGACGAGCCGCGACGUUCCACGACCGGUACACACCCAGUGAAGUGAGCAGCGUGACUGGCGGCCCCAACGGCGACGGCAGCGAGCACGGAAGCGAGCACGGCGGGUACGACGACAGAGACGGGCCCCAGAUGCAGGUGCGCGACCUGCUGGCGCCGCAGGGUUUCCGCCGCGAUUUUGUGCUGCAACAGAUCCGGCAGCGCCAGCUGCAGGAACGCGAGGCGACGAUGCAGCGGCGGCGGACACACCUGCGCGAGCGACGGGCCUCCGCAUUUCGUGCCGUGAAGAUGCCGAUUGCGCGCAACUUUGUCGAGUUUCUCGAGCUCUACGGCCAUUUUGCCGACGAAGACCUGGAAGCGUCCGACGACGACGAGGAUGACGGCGGUGCCGAGGAGCAGAUCGAAGAGGAGUACGAGGAAGUAGAAGAAGAAGAAGAAGGAGAGGGACGAGGAGGUACCGAAGACGUGGAGCGUGGGAUGGGAGCCGGCGGCGGUCUUCGGCGGCGGCCGCACGAGCGGCAGCCACUGCUUGGCCGGCGGACGUCUGGUGCUGUUGUGGCCUCGGCGAGCAGCGAUGCCGCUGGCGACGGCAGUGGCAAGGCCAAAGCCGGCCUGUCCCAGGCCUUUUUCACGCUGCUCAAGGCCUUUGUCGGCACGGGCAUCAUGUUUCUGCCCAAGGCCUUCAACAACGGCGGCAUGGUCUUCUCGACGGUCACCCUGCUCAUCGUCUCCAUGCUGUCCAUGGGCGGCUUCGAGCUGCUGCUGCGCUGCCGCCAACGGUAUGGAGGCGGCUACGGCGACAUUGGCCUGGCCAUUGCCGGCCCGCGCAUGCGCAGCCUGAUCCUGGGCUCCAUUGCGCUUUCGCAGCUGGGGUUCGUGUGUGCCGGCAUUGUCUUUGCAGCCGAGAAUCUGGCGUCGUUUGCGUCUGCCGUGGCGCACGCCCACACGCGCCGCAACCCCCUUGAUGGAGGCGGAGAGGGAGGCGUGGACGACAGCGUCCUGUCGACCAACGCCUUCAUUGCUCUCGAAGUGGCCGUGCUGAUCCCUCUCGGUUUCGUGCGCGACAUUGCGCGCCUCGGCCCCGCCGCCCUGCUCGGCGACGUCUUCAUCGCCAUCGGCCUCGUGUACAUGUACACGUACGACGUGGCGGCCAUUGCGGCGCGCGGCUGGCGCAUGCACGAGACGGUCGAUCUGUGGUUCAACCCGUCGGGCUAUGCGCUGACGAUCGGCGCCGCCAUCUUUACCUUUGAGGGCAUCGGCCUCAUCCUGCCCAUCCAGUCGUCCAUGGCCCGCCCCGAGCGGUUUCGCUGGCUGCUCGGCGUCGUCAUGGCCAUCAUCACGGCGGCGUACAUCUCCGUCGGCGCGCUGGGCUACGCAGCGUUUGGCACCGGCACCAAGACCGAGGUCAUUGACAACUACCCCCGCGCCAGCGCCCUCGUGCAGACCGUGCAGUGUCUGUACGCGAUUGCCGUGCUGGCGGGCAUGCCGGUGCAGCUCUUCCCCGCCGUGCGCAUCAUCGACGGUCGCCUCUUCCGCACCAAGUCGUCUUCUGGCAACGGUGCUGUCUACUACCGCUCGGGCAAACGCGACCCGCGCAUCAAGUGGGCCAAGAACGCCCUGCGCACUGCGCUGACGGUGGCCUGCGGUGCCGUCGCCGUGCUGGGCGCCGGCCACCUCGACCGGUUUGUGGCCCUCAUUGGGUCGCUGGCCUGUGUUCCGCUGCUCUUCAUCUACCCGCCGUAUCUUCACUACCGGGGCAUGGCGGACGAGUCGUCGGCGCUUCUUCGGGUCCUGGACAUUGCCCUGAUGGCCGUCGGCACCGUUGCCAUGAUUUACACAACGAUCGUGACCGUGCAGGGCGGGUUAUGA